GCCAAUCAAAAAGCGGCUCUGCCUUUGCACCUGUUUAUAGCGAAUGAUUAUAAUAAUACCGCUAUAAGACAAGAAAAGCUGGACGCAAAGGAGAAAAAAGUCGAAAAUGUCGAAGCGGAAAUUCGAGGAUGAUUCUCACAGCGUAGACAGUACAGAAAGCUCGGAUAGUGGCGAUUCGACUUCAUCUAAAGCAGGGAAGCGUGUUCGGUUUGACAAAAGAAUUGUAUUUCAUUUCCCGCGUACACAGGGAAGCAGUUGCGUGCCUUCGAACGGUGGAUAUACCCUAGGGAUGAAGAGAAAACACACCUAUGUUGAACACUUGAAGUUCAGCGACCAAGAAGACAGCUUAGAAUUCUGUUGUUCGAGUGACAGCGAGGAAGACGACGAGGAUGAAGAUGAGGAUGAAGACUCGAGCUUAUUUAUGCCCAUCCCGCAAAAAACUCGGAAAGCUAUAUUAAAAGAUGCUGGUGUUAAAAAAAUUGAUAAACAAGAAGCGAUGGAGUGUAUGCAAAUUCGAUUCUCUCGCCAGAUAUGUGGAUGUGAUUGUAAGGAAUAUUGUGAUCCUCAGACAUGUAGUUGCUCUUUGAAUGGAAUCAAUUGCCAAGUUGAUAGAGAUAAUUUUCCUUGUGGCUGUGUGCGGGAUGAAUGCCAUAAUCCACACGGCCGACAUGAAUACGACCCCAUCUCUGUUCGCCGACACUUCAUUGAUACAAUUUUAAAGCUACGAGGUCAGAAAUACCUCUGGGAUAAACAGAUCCUUCAAUCUACAACCUCCAAUUCUGAACCGCAACCAAUUUCAAAUUCAAAAAGUGUCCUAUCUUUAGCUGUAGUCUAAAGUCUAUAGAAUUAAAUGAAAACGAUGAGGAUAACUUCGAAGUAUUAUUAUCGGGUAUGUAUGCGAUUUUCACGUCAGCAUCAAGCCGUCACCAUAGUAAAAUAGAUACUUGACUUUCAAAAGAUAUAAAAUAAUGAGCUAUAAUAGGUAAAAAGAGUAAAUCAAUAAACAUCGCGGGGGAAAAUCCGGUUGUGUGUUAACUAUAUAUCUUCGUCAUGGUCAAUAAGCUGUAUAGAAAAUGAAAAUAUUACAAAUUUAAAUCUUAAUUAAGUGUCCAAAAAGCAGUUUUAUUAGUGAAAAUUCUUGCUGAGAAGCUAUUUGAUCAAUAUCUGAUAUAUAUAUAUAUAUACAUAUAUUUGAAACGUUGAUGCGUAAGUAAAAGCUGCAGCUGUCUAUUUUCAUUGCGUUGGUCUAAGCUUUUCACUUAUGGUUCUAUUUAAAGCACUAGUAAGCUGUAAAUUGCAUGGGUUUCUUAAGUAUAUCAGAUAGAAGACUGCCGUAUCUCGCUAUAAAAAAAUUAAAUAUACGUUGAAAAAUAACUCUUUUUGGUCAAUCGGGUAUUUGCAAUUAGUGAGGACCGUUUACUUCUGACACCAAUCGUAGCUUUCAAAAGUUUCAUUCAAAGCAUUUUAAGCCUUUUGAUUUAUUGAUGGCUUCAUUUUGAUCAUUUGAAGUAAAUAUUGAAAGUCAUUAUUGUUCUGACAUGAGAUAUAUGACAGAAAAUAAACUGCGCGUGUCAAAAGCAAAUGUUUGAUUCUAUAAAAUGCUGUUAACUGUCUGUUUUGCUGGUGGAUUUGCCACAAAACCAGAACGGAAGCUGUCAACGCAAAAAACCUGUUGAACGGAACACUGGAUAUACUGGUUAAAUACCGUAAAAAAUUCGAUUCUGCUUCUAAUCCCUAUGUAAGGACAAAGACAUUCGAGUCUGUAUCAGUUGUUGAUCUUGGAAAAUGGGCUGUAUUGGACCUGCCAGUUUCUGCUAGUAUCCACCAGCUUGGUCGAUCGAAAAAAGGUUGUCUUGACAACUAAGAAUUCCCGCGAAAAUUUUCUUUCAUAGUGUCAUUUGUUGUCUUUUCUUAUUCGAAAAUGGAAGACAAUGAAGAUCACUUUAAAUCACCUUUGAAAAGAAAGGCCAUCAAAUUUUAAUGAAUAAAGGUGACAAAAGCUAAA